AUGCAGUUCAAGUUCAGCUGCCGCGAAUGCGGAAAGAAACACAAUUCGUUGAUUCACCCUGGAUUCCCUCUGAGCAGUUGUGGUGGAAGCAGUUCUCAAUCCUCUGGAAAAUCAAUGAAGAAGGCUGAUGGAAAGGCGUUAUCGUCAAAUUUUGUCACAAACGACGAAGAAUCAGAACAAGAGGACGCGGAACAGCGGGAAGCGAAGGUGACGUCAGAAUUGCCUUCAGUUCACGUGCCAACGGCCCACUGGAACAUUCCAGGCGAUAUUCAGUUGACAGAUCCGGAAUUCAACACCAGCAGUCGGAUCGAUCUUCUAAUCGGAGCUGAACAUUUCUAUCGGUUCCUGUCUGAGCCAGAAGUCAAGCGGAUUUCCCAGGGGACUGGACUUCCAGUGUUGAUCGAUUCGGUAUUCGGGUGGAUCGUGACCGGCAAAGUGUCAGAUACGUACAACAAUCCAGUCAGCUGUUUAAUUUCGGCAGCGCCAGACAAUUUGGAGAUUCUACUACAGCAGUUUUGGGAGAUAGAGAGCAACGAGGAUCAACCGGCAUGGUCCAAGAAGGAACGGGACUGCGAAGAGCAUUUCGUGAAAACAGUUAGCAGAACGGAGGAGGGACGUUACGUUGUUUGCUUGCCAAAGCAUGUUAACUUCGCACAGAUGUUGGGCGACUCCAGAUCAAUGGCGCUUACACGGUUUUUAAGGCUGGAGAAGCAGUUAGAACAAAAUUUAGAGAUGCGUAAGCAGUACAAUACUUUCAUGCAAGAGUAUCUCGAUCUAGGGCAAAUGAGGGAAGUUCGUGAGCACGAACUUCGAGGGAAGGAUAAUGCGAUGAAUAUCCGAAAAUUCUUCUAUUUACCCUACCACGCUGUACUGAAGGAAUCCAGCUCUACAACCAAAGUACGCGUUGUAUUUGACGGAUCUGCUUGCACGGAUAGCGGAUAUUCGUUGAAUGACGUUCUUCUAAAAGGUCCUACGAUUCAGGAUGAAUUGCUAUGUCUGCUGCUACGAUUCCGGAAGCAUGAAGUGGCGCUGGUCGGAGAUGUAGAGAAAAUGUACCGACAGGCAUUGGUACACGAAGCUAGCAAUGCGCUAGUGAAAGAUUUCUACGUGGAUGACUAUAUUGGUGGAGCAUCCAGUAUAGAAGGAGCCAUCCAACUACAGAAUAAUCUAGGCACUCUACUAAAGAAAGGAGGAUUUGCUUUGCGAAAAUGGUGUUCAAAUCGGCCAGAGGUUUUGACUGGUAUCCUUGCCGACCAACUAGGAACAAAUCUAUCGAUUUCAUUCGAAAUCAGUCCGGAAGAGAAGGUGAAAACUUUGGAAAUCACCUGA